UGGAGGGGUUGACUGAGGCGUCAAUCUUUAUCCACGUUUCAGUUCAUGACAUCUAUGGGAAGUGGAAUCCACUAGUCCUGAACCCCAGCUUUACCAUAAUGCACUUUCUAGGAGCCCACAAGGGUCGUCAGCUGCGAGGCAUCAGAGGUUUAUUUAACAGGCCCUCUAAGUCGUCAGUAGACACCAGCUGUGGUUCGGCCCUCAGGAAACGCUCCAUCAGUGACCACCUCCUCCGACGCACCGCCAGCGCCCCCGCCAACCGUCGCAAGAAAACCAAGAUGAAGCUCGCUGAGUCCUCCACCUCCAUAUCAGACGGCAAGGACAGAGUGGGGGCCGGGGCUGGGGGGGAGGGGUCCAAGGACAGAGUAACAGGGAAAGGGACAGGGAGGGGGUAA